GUCCCUGGUCUGAUUCCGUCCUGCGUGACUGUUCCAUCGAACGGUAGUCUUAUCUCCGUCCACUUUCUCUCCCACCGAAGUGCGUGCCACCAACCCAUGGAAGAUUCGAUGGACAUGGACAUGAGCCCCCUGAGGCCCCAGAACUAUCUUUUCGGUUGUGAACUAAAGGCCGACAAAGAUUAUCACUUUAAGGUGGAUAAUGAUGAAAAUGAGCACCAGUUAUCUUUAAGAACGGUCAGUUUAGGGGCUGGUGCAAAGGACGAAUUGCACAUUGUCGAAGCAGAGGCGAUGAAUUAUGAAGGCAGUCCAAUUAAAGUAACACUGGCAACUUUGAAAAUGUCUGUGCAGCCAACGGUUUCCCUUGGGGGCUUUGAAAUAACACCACCUGUGGUCUUACGGUUGAAGUGUGGUUCAGGGCCUGUGCAUAUUAGCGGACAGCACUUAGUAGCUGUGGAGGAAGAUGCAGAGUCAGAAGAUGAAGAGGAGGAGGAUGUGAAACUCCUAAGUAUAUCUGGGAAGCGUUCUGCCCCUGGAAGUGGUAGCAAGGUUCCACAGAAAAAAGUAAAACUUGCUGCUGAUGAAGAUGAAGAUGAUGAUGAUGACGACGACGAUGAAGAUGAAGAUGAUGAUGAUGAUGACUUUGAUGAUGAGGAGGCUGAAGAAAAAGCUCCAGUAAAGAAAUCUGUACGAGAUACUCCAGCCAAAAAUGCACAAAAAUCAAACCAGAAUGGAAAAGACUCAAAACCAUCAACACCAAGAUCAAAAGGUCAAGAAUCCUUCAAAAAACAGGAAAAAACUCCUAAAACACCGAAAGGACCUAGCUCUGUAGAAGACAUUAAAGCAAAAAUGCAAGCAAGUAUAGAAAAAGCGCAUUGAACAAUCCUGGGCACUACUGGUAAAUUAAGCCCAAAGAUGGGGAGAGAGGAAAAGGAGAGACAAAUGUAGUCCAAACUGAGUAUCAUCAACAAUCCAGACUGAAGUCUUCUAUUUUAACUCAAUCCCCUUUCCUGAUUUGCCACCCACCCAUGCCCCCCUUCCAGGCUGGAAGCAAUCUCUUGGUCUCCUAAAACACUUUCUUUUGACUGCUGUGAUUCAGUGAACCUUAUACUUUGCUUUCUAUUACUUGUGCAUUUGCUUCACUUCUUUAACCAUAUUUUAAUCACCUUUGUA